AUGUCUCAAAAGGAUCAGGAGCAUAAGCAAGAUGCUGCCUCCAUCACUGAUGAGGCCGUGCAAAAGCCACAGGCUGUUGAACAGGCCAUUCUGGGCGCGACGAGCAAAGAAUAUGAAGAUCAGCAACAUUAUAUUCAGGGCUUCAGACUGUACCUGAUCAUGGUUUCGCUUUGCUUAUGCUUGUUUCUCACCAAUCUGGAAAUUCCUAUCGUCACAACAGCACUCAUUGGCAUCACCGACGAUUUGGGGGAUUUCAACAAAGCCAGUUGGGUCAUUUCAUCUUACUUGCUCGGCUACGUCGGUGUCUUGAUUAUUUUCUCCAAACUCAGCGACGUAUUUGGUCGCAAGUCAAUCCUAAUCCUUGUAGUUCUCAUCUUCAUCAUAUUCUCUGGCGCUUGUGGAGCAGCCCAGACCAUUGAACAACUUAUUGUUUUCCGAGCGUUUCAGGGAAUUGGUGGCGCGGGCAACUACUCAUUGAGCGCAGUAAUCUUGGUCGAACUUGUACCAUCCAACAAGUACGCCAAGUAUACCACCAUUGUAUCUCUAUUCUAUUCUCUGUCGUUGCUCCUAGGACCUAUUUUCGGUGGAAUCAUCACCCAGAAUACAACAUGGAGAUGGAUAUUUCUGCUCAAUGUGCCAGCUGGUGCCGUGGCUCUGGGAAUUAUCGUGUUUGCCAUGCCAAACGGGUUCCCUUUUCACGGGAUACCCAAAGAACAAAGACCUAAUUUCAUCAGCAAGUCAUCCUCAAAAUGGCAACUCGCCCGUUUUGAUUUCUUCGGGGCAACCCUGCUCCUUGCUGCUACCUUGUUGUUGGUAGCCGCGCUCGAAGAAGCAGAUGUCCAUUAUCCAUGGAAGUCAGCCUUCGCCAUCACAUUGUUAACCAUCUCCGGUCUAUCUUGGAUAGGAUUUUUGCUUUGGGAACGGCACAUGACCCGAAACGCAAAGGUUUGCGAACCUGUAUUUCCAUGGCGCUUUGUGGAAAGCCGGGUUCUCCUUGGCAUGAUUCUGAGUGCAAUCUUUCUAGGCGGACCUUGGUUUUGUUCCAUUUUUCAACUUCCUCAAAGAUUUCAAAUUGUCAACUCUCUGAGUCCUCUCCAGGCAGGAUUCCGACUAAUCCCGUUCACUCUUGCUGCGCCCAUUGGCUCUAUUGUCUCCGCAGCCUUGGCUAAGGCCGCCAAGAUCCCUCCUCUCUACUGGGUCAUCUUCGCUUCCGUCUUACAAGUGAUAGGGUUCUCUUUAUUAUCAACUGUGUCAAAUUCACACGAUAUCCCCGCAGCCCAAUACGGCUAUCAGGUUAUCGCCGGGUUUGGCUGUGGCAUAAAUAUUUCACUACUCCUCGUGAUGAUCCCAUUCCGAGUCCAAGACCGAGACAAAGGCAAGUACAUGACUAUCGUUUUCCGUGUGAUGGGCGGUGUUAUUGGGCUGGCAAUAGUCACUUCUGCAUUCAAUGGGCUUAUCAGGAGCCGGCUUGGAGAUUUAAUCUCCUCUUCCGAGCUUGACGCGUUGUUGAAGUCUCCCGAAUUAAUGAGUUCGUUUCCCGCUGAUAUCCAGGAGACUAUUCGAUCGACAUUCGGGGAUGGAUAUACUCUUCAAAUCAAAAUACUGGCUGGUCUGGCCGCUGGCCAAAUCCCUUCUGCCAUGCUUAUGUGGGAAAAAGAACACAUAAUGAUCUAG